AUGGCAAUGAUGCAGAUCGAAUUCCGGUUCAGGGAUGCCAACAACCGGAUCGACCUGAAGUGCGGGCGAACGUCGGUGUUGGGCACGUGGCUUACGGUCAGCCAUAUUUCUGGCCCUGCCUUGAUCAAUACUAUCCAGGCCUGCCGGAACCAACGCGCUCGCGUUGAGGGGCCGGAUCAUGUUCAGCAGUUCGCUCAGCUCUCGGCGGUGAUCGCCCCGUGGUACAAUGACGCCAUGGCGAAUCUGGACGACGUGGUCGGCACAACCACGGAUCAGCUCCCGGUGGAGAGGGGAAACUUCCAUCUUCGUGCUCGCUCGAAGCUCCAAGUUCACCCUCUGACGUUCGUUCGGCAGGAAGCACUUGCUCACCGAUCACACGACGAGGGGAACGAGCUUGCUGCUCAGCGCGGCCCGCCUGCUCUCAUGGAAGAGGCGUACGACCAGAGCAUGUCGGUGAUCAGCCCCGUGAUCGAGGGCGAGGAGCUGCCGGCCGAUCGCACCGAGGGGUACAUCGAGGAGGCUCGGGAUCGCCUAAGGGCGGACAUGCGCUUCUCGCGCACGUCGGCCGCGAUCACGCCGCAGAUCUUCACGGACGUCCUCCGCGAUCGUGAGGAGGCGGAGUACCAGAGAUAUUCCACCGUUCGUGUGGAGGAGACGGGGCCAGAGCUCCCAGCAUCCAGCUCUACCCCGUCUACGGCUCCGCAUUCGUUCGCUCCAGCCUAUCCUCCAGCUCGCACCGCUACAGGACCGUACGCGAUGGCCAGCUCGAGACAGGGAGAUGAGGCGCCGACCCGGCAGUACCAUAGCCGGCGGAUCAGCCGUGCUCUUUAUUCCCCAGCCCAGCGGAAGACGGAGGAGGAGCUCGCCAGGUGGGUUCCGACGAUCGAGAUACUCUUCGCUCUCGUUCGAAGCACAGCCAAGACGGGAACGGCAGAUCUGGCUACCGACCUUGGCUUUGGUCUGGCUGAGGCGUCUCUGAAGGCUCGUGAGCUCGGUGAAGCGCGGAAGUGGGGCAUGAGGCUCAGAGAGGAGAUGAAUGCACUACGCUCGAUCGUGUAUGAAAGUGGCGGGUUCAGAACGAUCCAGCAGUGCGUUCGUCACUGGGAACGCCUUGAGACAUGGGCUAGGUCUCAGAACAUAAAGGCCAUCCCCCUGACCACGGGGGUGUUGGUGAAGUACCUUCUGGACCUGGCCGAUCGUGGUUGCGGACCCACGGUGAUCCCUUCCGUUCGGGGGGCUGUGAAGUGGAUCUGCAAGAGGAUUGGGAUGCAGGGGCCGGAUCUUCUCGACGCUCGUAUGGCUCUACAGAAGACUAAGAGGGUGUACGGCGAUCGUGGAAAGGAGACGCGCGAGGCGGUUCCGAUCCCACUGGCACUGGUGGCGGCGCUCGACCGAUUCGUGCGCGCAAG